GGCGCCUCCCGGUCACCCGCUCCCCGGCAGUCCGCGUACAAUAGGAUCCUGCCGGGAAACAGCGUCCCGCCGCCGGCACGCAGCCUUGUCCUUCUGAUCUCAGAGAUUACGAGGCUGACUCACGGAGCUGUGGGAUCUCGAGUUGCAGGGCGUAAGCAGGCUGCCUCCUCCGUCUUCUUCUUUGAGCCUAGGGGCUGCAAUUACAGUCCCUAAGCGAAGACCAGCCAGGCGUGGCGGAGAGCAGGGCCCUGCCAGUUAAAGCAUUUAAGAGGAGGCGGAGAAUUUCACCGGAACCUGUGGAGCGGCGCCCAGAGGCGAGGGGGACGCUUUUGCAGGUAGCAGAACGCGGAAGCGCCUCGGUGCGGAGCGGCUGAGCGCUCCCGUCGCAGCGGAUCGUGGUAUCUCGGCGGAGCGUAGUGGGGCUGCGGCCUCCCCCGGCACCGCCGUCAUGUCCUCCGAUUUUGAGAGCUACGAGCAGGACUUCGCGGUGCUGACGGCCGAGAUCACGGGCAGGAUCGGGAAGGUGCCUAAGCUGGUAGGAGAUGAGAAGAAGCAGAUGGUUGCAAAUGUUGAGAAACAGCUUGAAGAAGCAAGGGAACUGCUAGAGCAAAUGGAACUUGAAGUUCGAGAGAUACCACCUCAAAGUCGAGGAAUGUACAGCAGUCGAAUGAGAAGCUACAAACAAGAAAUGGGAAAACUUGAAGCUGAUUUCAAAAGGUCACGAAUCGCCUACAGUGAUGAGGUGCGGAAUGAGCUCCUAGGGGAUGACGGGAAUUCCUCAGAGAACCAGUUGAUAAAAUUACGUGAAGAGAGGGCACAUCUGCUCGAUAACACAGAGAGGCUGGAAAGGUCAUCUCGGAGACUAGAGGCUGGAUACCAAAUAGCAGUGGAAACCGAGCAGAUUGGACAAGAGAUGCUGGAAAACCUCAGCCAUGACAGAGAAAAGAUCCAGCGUGCUCGGGAGAGGCUUAGAGAAACCGAUGCAAACCUGGGGAAGAGUUCCAGGAUUUUGACAGGAAUGUUGCGAAGGAUCAUCCAAAACCGGAUUUUGAUCGUUGUUCUGGCAGUCAUCAUCAUCUUCACUACCAUGAUGGCUAUUUUUUUUUCUGUCAAGGGACGCUGAUAUCUUUGUUCUUCACUAAGCAGCAACAAACUGCUUGUUCUGAGUAAUUAAGACAAAGUGAUCACAUGAAUCAUUCUCUUGCACUGACAGUCUCCCUCUCUUUUCCACUCUUCAACUCAGGUGCAAGUGGUGUAAAAUAUUUUUUAUUAUUGAUGGCAUAUUUGAUGACAUAUGGGGUUGAUUUUUUUUUUCCUUUUCUUACAUUUUUUUGUCUUUAUCUGAGUGUUUUCAGAAUCUUAAUAUUUUGGGGGGUGAGGGCUUGUUCCCACAUAAAAAGACACAAUGUAUGUCAAAUUCUACCCCAGACAAUUAGCCUGUAAGUUGCCAGAGUUUAGCGAGGGAAGAGGGGUCUUGGCACUUUUCUUGUGCUAUGGAGGAUAUAUGAAUAUCAAGCAGCACCUGACCUUCUGUGAUAUGGAAUAUAAGUAAAGCAGAGACCAAAUGAUGUAGAAAAGUGAUCUUGUCUCUUGUGGCUAACUCCCGGUCGUGAAUUACCGUAAUAGGCAUAACCCAGUUAAGAACAGCAGUUAGUUUUUUACAAGAAAGGAACCUUAAGAUAACGUUUAAUAUCUGAUAUGAAUCCAACACUCUAUUCAACACUUUCUGUUUAAAUUAGGCCUUCUUUUCUGCUUACUCAAAAUAAUUCCACUCUCAUCAAGAUUGCGAUGAUGCCUCACCCAAAACCUAGUUGUGACCACAGCCCAUCUGUUGAAUCUGUUUUAAAUCUUACGAUGCUGAUAUAUGUAUUGAUAAGCAUUCACAUUGAGCCCUUACUGAAGGUGUUUAAAGAUAAGUAUCUAUUCAUUGCCGAUCGAAAAGUGAUCUAAGUAACAGUUCAGUGACAAAUGCAUGAUUACAGUGCAUUAAACAAAAAUCUAGGUUUACAAUACUGACCUGUGUUGAGACUGCAUGUUGGACAUAUCUUUGGUGUGUUAAAUGCUGAUGUGAUGUUCCCCUUUUUAAACAGGAGCUGUAAAAAUGUUAAUUUAUACAUGCUUUUAGCUGAUAUAAUAUAUCAUCGUUUCAUCUA